AGGAGGACGGCGACGCCGAGGAGACCCAGGAUUCCGAGGAGGACGAGGAAGAUGAGAUGGAGGAGGACGACGAUGACUCCGAUUAUCCGGAGGAGAUGGAAGACGACGACGACGACGCCAGUUAUUGCACGGAAAGCAGCUUCAGGAGCCAUAGCACCUAUAGCAGCACUCCAGGUAGGCGAAAACCAAGAGUACAUCGGCCUCGUUCUCCAAUAUUGGAAGAAAAAGACAUCCCGCCCCUUGAAUUUCCCAAGUCCUCUGAGGAUUUAAUGGUGCCUAACGAGCAUAUAAUGAAUGUCAUUGCCAUUUAUGAGGUACUGCGGAACUUUGGCACUGUUUUAAGGUUGUCUCCCUUUCGCUUUGAGGACUUCUGUGCAGCUCUGGUGAGUCAGGAGCAGUGUACACUGAUGGCAGAGAUGCACGUCGUGCUUCUGAAAGCAGUUUUGCGUGAAGAAGACACUUCCAAUACUACCUUCGGACCUGCUGAUCUGAAAGACAGCGUGAACUCCACGCUGUACUUCAUCGAUGGGAUGACGUGGCCAGAGGUGCUGCGUGUGUACUGUGAGAGUGACAAGGAGUACCACCACGUCCUUCCUUACCAGGAAGCCGAGGACUAUCCGUAUGGACCAGUGGAAAACAAAAUCAAAGUUCUGCAGUUCUUAGUCGAUCAGUUUCUCACCACGAAUAUUGCUCGUGAGGAGCUGAUGUCUGAAGGGGUGAUCCAGUAUGACGACCACUGUCGGGUCUGUCACAAACUCGGGGACUUGCUCUGCUGUGAGACCUGUUCGGCGGUGUACCACCUGGAGUGUGUGAAGCCGCCUCUGGAGGAGGUGCCAGAGGACGAGUGGCAGUGUGAGGUCUGCGUGGCACAUAAGGUGCCUGGUGUGACUGACUGUGUUGCUGAAAUCCAAAAAAACAAACCAUAUAUUCGACAUGAACCUAUUGGGUAUGACAGAAGUCGGAGGAAAUACUGGUUCUUAAACCGAAGACUCAUAAUAGAAGAAGAUACAGAAAAUGAAAAUGAAAAGAAAAUUUGGUACUACAGCACAAAGGUCCAGCUUGCAGAAUUAAUAGACUGUCUAGACAAAGAAUACUGGGAAGCAGAACUCUGCAAAAUUCUAGAAGAAAUGCGUGAAGAAAUUCACCGGCACAUGGACAUAACUGAAGACCUGACCAAUAAGGCUCGGGGCAGUAACAAAUCCUUUCUGGCGGCAGCUAAUGAAGAAAUUUUGGAAUCCAUAAGAGCAAAAAAGGGAGACAUUGAUAUUGUUAGAAGCCCAGAAGAAAUAGAAAAGGACAAGAAUGAGACUGAGAAUAACUCCAAAGACACUGAGAAAAGCAGAGAGGAGUUUGAAGACCAGUCCCUUGAAAAAGACAAUGAUGACAAAACAGCAGAUGACGAUCCUGAGCAAGGAAAAUCUGAGGAGCCAACAGAAGUUGGGGAUAAAGGUAACUCUGUGUCAGCAAAUCUUGGCGACAACACAACAAAUGCUUCUUCAGAAGAGACUAGUCCCUCUGAAGGGAGGAGUCCUGUGGGGUGUCUCUCAGAAACCCAUGAUAGCAGCAACAUGGCAGAGAAGAAGGUGGCAUCUGAGCUCCCCCAGGAUGUGCCAGAAGAACCUAACAAGACAUGUGACAGCAGUAACACUAGUGCUACCACUACCUCCAUCCAGCCUAAUCUGGAAAACAGUAACAGCAGCAGUGAACUAAAUUCUUCCCAGAGUGAAUCUGCUAAGGCAGCUGAUGAUCCUGAAAAUGGAGAAAGAGAGUCUCAUACACCUGUCUCUAUUCAAGAAGAGAUAGGUGAUUUCAAAUCAGAGAAGUCUAAUGGGGAAAUAAGUGAGUCUCCUGGAGGUGGAAGAGGAGCAUCUGGUUCAACUCGAAUCAUCACCCGGUUACGGAAUCCAGACAGCAAACUUAGUCAGCUGAAGAGCCAACAGGUGGCAGCCGCAGCCCAUGAAGCAAAUAAAUUAUUUAAGGAGGGCAAAGAGGUACUGGUAGUUAACUCUCAAGGAGAAAUUUCACGGUUGAGCACCAAAAAGGAAGUGGUCAUGAAGGGAAAUAUCAACAAUUAUUUUAAGUUGGGUCAAGAAGGGAAAUACCGCGUCUACCACAAUCAGUACUCCACCAAUUCAUUUGCUUUGAAUAAGCACCAGCACAGAGAAGACCAUGAUAAGAGAAGACAUCUUGCACAUAAAUUCUGUCUGACUCCAGCUGGGGAGUUCAAAUGGAAUGGUUCUGUCCAUGGGUCCAAAGUUCUUACCAUAUCUACUCUGAGACUGACUAUCACCCAACUGGAAAACAAUAUCCCUUCAUCCUUUCUUCAUCCCAAUUGGGCUUCACACAGGUAAACGAAGCUAAAGGUUAUUUAUUGCUGUGACAAACCCAGAGAAUUUGCAUUGGCAUUAGCUAUUUUGGAGUGUGCAGUUAAGCCAGUUGUGAUGCUACCAAUAUGGCGGGAAUCUUUAGGACAUACCAGGUUACACAGGAUGACAUCAAUUGAAAGAGAGGAAAAGGAAAAAGUAAAAAAAAAAGAGAAAAAACAAGAAGAGGAAGAAACCAUGCAACAAGCUACAUGGGUAAAAUAUACGUUUCCAGUUAAACAUCAGGUUUGGAAACAAAAAGGAGAGGAAUACAGAGUAACAGGAUAUGGUGGUUGGAGUUGGAUUAGUAAAACUCACGUUUAUAGAUUUGUUCCUAAAUUACCAGGCAAUACUAAUGUGAAUUACAGAAGGCCGUUAGAAGGAACUAAAAAUAAUAUGGAUGAAAAUAUGGAUGAAUCAGAUAGACGAAAAAGUCCACGAAGUCCAAAAAAAAUAAAAACAGAGCCUGAUUCUGAGAAAGGCGAGGUAAAAGAUUCAGAUGCUGCGAAAGGAGCAGACCAAAGUGAAAUGGACAUUUCAAAGAUUACUGAGAAAAAGGACCAAGAUGUGAAAGAAGUUUUAGAUUCUGACCAUGAUAAAUCCUUUAAGGAAGAACCGAUGGAAAUCGAUGAUGAUGUGAAAACAGAGUCACAUAUAAAUUGUCAGGAAAGUUCUCAAGUAGAUGUGGUCAAUGUCAGUGAGGGUUUUCAUCUAAGGACUAGUUAUAAAAAGAAAAUCAAAUCAUCCAAACUAGAUGGACUUCUUGAAAGAAGAAUUAAGCAGUUUACACUGGAAGAAAAACAACGCCAUGAAAAAAUGAAAUUGGAGGGUGGAAUUAAGGGUAUAGGAAAGACUUGCACAAGUUCUUUGAAAAGUCUCUCUGAGUCACCAGUAACAACAAAAGUAAAAGAAGAGUGUCAAAGUGACUUGCUGAGACAAGAAGAAAGCUCUAAUGCAAGUAACGAUAAAUCUGAAGACUUGAUCCGAGGAUGUUCACAGAGUGAUUCCUCAGUUCUUGGAAUCAGUGAUCCUGCUUAUACAACAAAUAAACCUUAUUCAAAAGAUCAAAUGUUAGAUGAUGUCUCCAUUCAGAGCCCAGAGACAAACUGUCAGAAACAAAAUUCUGUUCGAAAUGACAUAGAAGAGAGUCUCUCUGAACCUGCCAGUAAAGGCCAGGAGCCCAGUAAGGUAAAAGCAAAAGGAAGUGAUUUUCUCAUUGAUGACUCUAAACUGGUCAGUGCAGAUGAAAUUGGUACUUUGAUCUAUAAAAACAAAAAACCACUCAUACAGGAGGAUAACGACACCAUUGUCUCUCCUUCCCAGAGCCCUUUAUUUCCAUCAGUACCUAAAAGUACGGAUGAUAGAGAGAUCCCAUCUCUGUCCAAAGCAAUAGACUUUGAAGGAAAACUGGGAUGUGACUCUGAAUAUAAUAGCACUUUGGAAAAUAGUUCUGAUACUAUGUCUAUUCAAGACAGCAGUGAAGAAGAUAUGAUUGUUCAGAGUAGCAAUGAAAGUAUUUCUGAACAGUUAAUAACUCAAGAACCAGGUAUUGAAGGCUUAGAACCAUUGAAGCGUGAGUUUGUUUCAGAUAAGUCCACUGGAAACUGUGACAGCAGGCUGCAGGGCAAGGUAAAUGAAGCAAAUGGUAAAAAACCAAGUCAAGAUCAGAAAUUAGAGGAGAGACCAGUGAAUAAAUGUGUCGAUCAAAUAAAUCUGAAAAGUGUUGCUGACAAAAAGAAUAAUGAAAACCGGGAGUCUGAAAAGAAAGGCCAGAAAGCAAGUACCUUUCAAAUAAAUGGAAAAGAUAAUAAGCCUAAAGUAUAUUUGAAAGGUGAAUGCUUGAAAGAAAUCUCUGAGAGUAAAGUAGGAAGUGGUGACGUUGAACCAAAAGUUAAUAAUAUAAAUAAAAUAAUUCCCGAAAAGGAUAUUAAGUCUUUGACUGUGAAAGAAUCUUCUGUAAAGCCAUUCAUGAAUGGUGAUGUCAUCAUGGAAGAUUUUAAUGAAAAAAACAACUUGGAAACAAAAUCACGUUCACUGAGAUCUUCAGAUGCUGACGGCAACUACACGGACCUAGAGACGCUGCCAUCAGCCAAAGAGUGUGAAAGUGCACAAGCUGCCAUGCCUCUGCCGUCUUGUCCAGAAAGCAGCUCAGUCAGUCAGGUAGAAGAUAUGGAAAUUGAAACGUCUGAAGUUAAGAAAGUUACUCCAUCACCUAUUAUUACUUCUGGAGAGGAAUCUAACCUCAGUACUGACUUUAUUGAUGAAAAUGGCCUGCCCACCAAAGAUGAAAAUGUCAAUGGAGAGUCUAAAAGAAAAACAGUCAUCACAGAAGUCACCACCAUGACAUCCACAGUGGCCACAGAAUCAAAGACCGUAAUUAAGGUAGCAAAAGGCGAUAAGCAGACUGUGGUCUCUUCCACAGAAAAUUCUGCCACGUCCACUGUCACAACCACCACUACCACGGUAACGAAGCUCUCCACACCCUGCACAGGCAGCAGUGUGGACAUCAUCUCUGUGAAGGAGCAGAGCAAAACUGUGGUCACCACAACAGUGACAGACUCGCUGACCACUGCAGGAGGCACUCUGGUAACAUCGAUGACUGUGAGCAAAGAAUAUUCUACAAGAGACAAAGUGAAACUCAUGAAAUUUUCAAGACCCAAGAAGACUCGCUCGGGUACAGCUCUGCCGUCAUACAGAAAGUUUAUCACCAAGAGCAGCAAGAAGAGCAUUUUUGUCUUGCCUAAUGAUGACUUAAAAAAGUUGGCCAGGAAAGGAGGAAUCCGAGAAGUCCCUUAUUUUAAUUACAAUGCAAAGCCUGCCUUGGAUAUAUGGCCUUAUCCUUCUCCUAGACCAACCUUUGGUAUCACUUGGAGGUAUAGGCUGCAGACUGUGAAGUCCUUAGCUGGAGUGAGCCUGAUGUUGCGGUUACUGUGGGCAAGUCUGAGAUGGGAUGACAUGGCGGCCAAGGCUCCUCCGGGAGGAGGGACCACACGGACAGGUGAGGGGUUGUUAGUUUCUAAUUUAAUUUUCCCCCCCAAAGAAACACCUACCCCUCAGAGGAAAGGCCUUCGAUCAAGUGCGUUGCGACCAAAGAGACCAGAAACGCCCAAGCAAACUGGCCCUGUUAUUAUCGAAACCUGGGUCGCAGAGGAAGAAUUGGAAUUAUGGGAGAUCAGGGCGUUUGCUGAGAGGGUGGAGAAAGAAAAGGCACAAGCAGUUGAGCAACAGGCUAAGAAACGAUUGGAACAACAGAAGCCUACAGUCAUUGCAGCUUCCACUACUUCCCCAACAAGCAGUACAACUAGUACCAUCUCUCCAGCACAGAAAGUUAUGGUAGCCCCCAUAAGUGGCUCAGUUACAACUGGAACUAAAAUGGUACUAACUACUAAAGUUGGAUCUCCAGCUACAGUAACAUUCCAGCAGAACAAGAACUUCCAUCAGACCUUUGCUACCUGGGUUAAGCAAGGCCAGUCAAAUUCAGGCGUUGUUCAAGUGCAGCAGAAAGUCCUGGGUAUCAUUCCAUCGAGUACAGGUACAAGUCAGCAAACUUUUACUUCAUUCCAGCCCAGGACGGCGACGGUCACAAUUAGGCCCAACACCCCGGGCUCUGGAGGAACAGCAGGCACUUCACAAGUAAUCACAGGGCCUCAGAUCCGCCCUGGUAUGACGGUGAUUAGGACGCCACUCCAGCAGUCAACACUAGGAAAGGCAAUUAUUCGAACACCUGUGAUGGUACAGCCAGGUGCUCCUCAGCAGGUGGUGACGCAGAUCAUCAGAGGGCAGCCGGUUUCCACUGCGAUCUCUGCCCCCAGCACAGUCCCCUCGGCACCUGCGCAGAAGGGGCUACCUUCAGGAGCACCCAGUGCAAAUCUGCAGUCUUCAGCCUCCCAGUCCCCUCGCCCCCAGCAAGGACAGGUGAAGCUGACCAUGGCUCAACUCACUCAGCUAACGCAGGGCCACGGUGGCAAUCAAGGUUUGACGGUAGUAAUUCAAGGACAAGGUCAAACUACUGGGCAGUUGCAGUUGAUACCUCAAGGGGUGACGGUCCUGCCCGGCCCAGGGCAGCAGCUGAUGCAGGCUGCGAUGCCAAAUGGUACCGUGCAGCGAUUCCUCUUUACCCCGUUGGCAACAACAGCCACAGCCGCCAGCACCACCACCACCACUGUUUCCACUACAGCAGCAGGUACAGGUGAACAAAAACAGAGUAAAUUAUCACCCCCGACACAGGUGCCACAAGCCAAAACCCUGCCACCAGCUCAGUCGUCGAGUGUGAGUCCUCCAGAAGCCCAGCCUCAGACUGCUCAGAGCGCUCAGCCUUCAGCUCAGCCCCCGCCCCAAGCCCAGCCCCCUUCCCCAGCUCAGCCUGAAGUUCAGACUCAGCCUGAAGCUCAGACCCCAACAACUGUUGCAUCCCAUGUCCCUCCUGAAGCACAGCCCACCCAAGCACAGCCAUCCAAACCCCAAGUUGCAGUGCAGUGUCAGCCUCAGAGUAAUGUCCAAGGACAGUCUCCUGCUCGCGUCCAAAGUCCACCACAGACUCGAAUACGUCCAUCAACUCCAUCCCAAGUGUCUCCCGGACAGCAGUCCCAGGUUCAGACCGCAGCCUCACAACCGAUUCCAAUUCAGCCACAUACAUCUCUUCCGAUACCUUCCCAGGGCCAGCCACAGUCACAGCCCCAGGUGGUGAUGAAGCAUAAUGCUGUAAUAGAACAUUUAAAACAGAAAAAGACCAUGACUCCAGCUGAAAGAGAAGAGAAUCAGAGAAUGAUUGUGUGUAACCAGGUGAUGAAGUAUAUUUUGGAUAAGAUAGACAAAGAAGAAAAGCAGGCCGCAAAAAAACGGAAGCGAGAAGAGAGCGUGGAGCAGAAACGCAGCAAACAGAAUGCUAGCAAGCUCUCUGCUUUGCUUUUCAAACACAAAGAGCAGCUUAAAGCCGAAAUACUAAAAAAGAGAGCGUUGCUGGACAAAGACCUACAAAUUGAAGUACAGGAAGAGCUCAGGAGGGACCUGAAGAUUAAGAAGGAGAAAGACGUGGUGCAGGCUGCAGCAGCAGCUGCCACCCCGCCCACAGCGCCUGCUGCACCUCCAGCCCCUCCGCCUUCGCCCCCGCCUCCGCCUCCCCCGCAGCACUUGGGCCCCCUGGCCACGGCCACGGCCACACUGCCUGUGGCCUCCCAGAAAAGGAAGCGAGAAGAGGACAGAGACUCAAGCUCCAAGUCCAAGAAGAAGAAAAUGAUCUCUACUACCUCAAAGGAAACCAAGAAGGACACAAAGCUUUACUGUAUCUGUAAAACGCCUUACGAUGAAUCUAAAUUUUAUAUUGGCUGUGAUCGGUGUCAGAACUGGUACCACGGGCGCUGCGUUGGCAUCUUGCAAAGUGAGGCAGAGCUCAUUGACGAGUAUGUCUGUCCACAGUGCCAGUCCACAGAGGAUGCCAUGACAGUGCUCACGCCGCUCACGGAGAAAGAUUAUGAGGGUUUGAAGAGGGUGCUGCGUUCUCUGCAGGCCCAUAAAAUGGCCUGGCCUUUCCUUGAACCAGUGGAUCCUAAUGAUGCACCAGAUUAUUACGGUGUGAUUAAGGAGCCUAUGGACCUUGCCACCAUGGAAGAAAGAGUACAAAGAAGAUAUUAUGAAAAGCUGACGGAAUUUGUAGCAGAUAUGACCAAAAUUUUUGAUAAUUGUCGUUACUACAAUCCAAGUGACUCCCCUUUUUACCAGUGUGCAGAAGUUCUUGAAUCAUUCUUUGUGCAGAAAUUGAAAGGAUUCAAGGCUAGCAGGUCUCAUAACAACAAACUGCAGUCUACAGCUUCUUAAAGUUCACCGUGUUAACCUAACAUAAAACACAGCAAGAAUCUGGUUGUCUGAACUAUUUUAAAUUAAGGAGCCAGAUGUUUUUAGUCAGGUUAUCCUGACAAGACUUGACCUAAACUUCGUUUUUAUUGGUCAUAACAGUCCAAUUAUAUUCUUGGCCAAUUUUGUCCAACGGACAAAGGAAAAGCAAAGUCAACGACACCAUUAUCUUGUCAAGAUCAAAUGGUUUUACUCUUGUGGCAGAAGCGGGAAAACUUUGUUUAUUGAAAAAAAAAGAAAAAAGAAAGCAAGAAAAAAAGAUAAUAUGGGGUCAAGUGUAACUCCAUGGAAAUGCCACGUCUGCUCUUCAGUGAAGAAGCUGGUUUAGAGUCUCACAGAAAACUUUUGACUGUAUUUAUUUAUUGUUGCAAAAAAGACGCUUUUUUAUUGCUGCCCUCAUUUGUCAGCUAAUUAUUUUUUCUUAUAAAAUCCAGCCCCGGUUACAUGUAAUCCAUUCUGUAUCUUAUCAUGAUUCCUGUAGGUAAAAGUACAAGACGACCUCUAGAUGUCUUUUCUUUCUAUGAAAGGAGCUGCUAUGUACACAUGUGCACAAACACACAACUGGGAAUCAACGAGUUUAUUGUUCAUGGUAGAUAAAAAUUACGCUUGCAUAAAGGUUGGGCAAAGUGGUCCUGGACUACAGACUCUGUUGCCUUGAAUAGAACAGUCCAAUUUGUCAUUUCCUCUGCACCAGGCUAAAAUGAGUAAAAUCUAUUUGAAGGUAUCUUGUUUGUAAACAUUUGUCAGAUUCUAAUUUUUUUCUUUUUGUAUUAAAAUUCAACUAUGGAUGUAUAUGAAACAAAAUAAAUGGAGACAAUUUUUCUCCCACAGACGGUGUCUUUGAAUGUGCACUAAUGAUUACCUGUAAGCCUUUGAGGGGAAAGGGAGGGCUGCAAGGUAAAUCAAAGGCAGAAGGAUCUGACUGUACCUGGAUUUCUGCAGGGUAGGAGUGGUCCUUCAUUUUCUAGUUCCCAGCCCACUGUCAUCACGUCGAAGAAAAAUCUUCAGGGGUGCUAAUCCUGUUGCAUCGAUCGGUCGGACUAAUAAAAAAGGAAGUGUGACAAAAUACGCAUUGCCUUCCUCUGUGCAUUAUAUGACACCAGGCAAGUUACCAGCUACAGACCGCUACUUAUAUUUUAUGAAGGAUUUUUUUUUUUAGAUGACUUCAUCCUUUUUGUAUUUUGUUUGUUGGUUGAGUUGUUUUGGGGUUUUUUCCACAUAAGAAAAAGUAGUGUAAGUAGUAGGGGGGGAAAUGGAAACAGCAGAGGAAGGUGUGUUCUGCCUGUUUUUUCUUUCAGUGUCCUAACCUCACACAUUGUAUUUCUACCUUGUAAUAAUAGCGUCUGUAAGAUCUGCCAUAGUUGGUUUACGCAGCUUUGCAAAAAUUUUACUAGAUUUUGCACUAAUUCGUAUUAGCUUUGUCCUACCAAGUUCUGGAAUUUAUCUAAUUACUGUUUUUUAAAAGUUUCCUUCUGUUUAAUACUGCCCUGCUAUGCAAAACCUUGCCCGGAUCUUAGUUUCUUAAAAGAAAGACAUUGCUACCGUUCCUGAUUCUUUCUUACUACAGGCUCAGGUGUACCAGUUAUUCCGGGUUAAUUUUAUCUAAUGAAGCCCAUUCCUUUUUGUACAUAAAAAUGUCACUUAAACCUGUGCUUACAAACAAAAGAGACUAAUUGCUCAAUAUUGAAACCAUGGAAACAAAGUUUUUGCCUAAAAUAUUAACAUUGGAAGUAGUCAAAUGUAGGUUAUUUUGUCCUUUUACUUUUUAAAAAAUGUUACAUGUUGUAUGCACUGUGCUGAUGCAAGAAUCCUACAUUUUAAUGAAUUAUAAAAUUAUUCUGCAUCUCAUCAAGUCACAGUAUUUCUGUACUAUUUAUUCAUAUAUAUACAGAUACAGAUAUAUAUAUGGGCUUAACCAUUUACAACUUGUUGCGGCAAGAACUUUCCUACCUGUAGGCAAUAGAUUGCUAUGUUUUUAACAGAUUGUGGCAAAUUCUAAACAGCAAUUCUUUUUGUACGUAAUAGGACAUUUCAUCCUAGAAAAAUAAAGUAAUGUUUUUGACAUUG